UGGAUUAUAUGUUCUCAGGCUCCGACAAGAACGUCUCAUCUGCUCCUCUCCUCCUCCAGCAGCUCCGAUGGACUGCAGGACUUCCCCGAGCCUCGCUCUCCUGUUCUGCCUGUCCUGUUUCUGGCCGACUUUCCCCGUUUCCUGCGCUCGGCGAGACGUUCAGAUCCACAAAGUGCCUCCGCUGUGGCCCCCGCAUUACCGGUACAAGGGAGACCUCAACGGCCUGCCAGUCAUUGCUGGUGGUACCUGCCGCGUGGUCUCCGCUCAGCGCUGCUGUAACAGGAAUCGCAUCGAGGAGCGUUCUCAGACGGUGCAGUGCUCCUGCCUGCCGGGGAAAGUGGCCGGAACCACGAGGGACAAACCUUCCUGCGUGGACGCGUCGAUCGUAAUGGGGAAGUGGUGGUGUGACAUGGAGCCGUGUCUGCAAGACGAGGAGUGCCAAACCCUGCCCGAUAACUCCGGCUGGAUCUGCUACAUGGGGGGGCGCGUUAAGACCACUAAGAUUCACCCCCAAUUCUGAGGCUCUCUGCCGCCAUCCGCUGGAUACCCCUCUAUGUUCCUGUCUUGGGGUAACUGAUACACCCAGUGCCUGGGUGGAGAGGCCGACCCCAGCUGAAAGGGGGGCCAGACUGGUAACAGGAUG